AUAUUAUUCUCGCGUACAUCUGUUUAUGAAUCCCCUUCUUUGAUCAUCAUCUUCAUGAAAAAAAAAAUAAUAUUGAUUCCAAGUGAUACACCAAGUACGUUUUUUUUUUUAUACUUGGUUGUUUAAUCCGGUUCUAAAAAAAAAAUUUUUAUAACAAAUAAUGUAAGACAGUAAAACCAGUCAGUUGAAUCAACGCAAUCGUUGAGACAAUAUCUACAAAUAUGAAUUUUUUUUUUGUUCUUUUUUAAAAUUUAUUCUUUGUAUCAAAUAAUAGUUUAUAAAUAUAUUUCUAUAUAUGUUUGUUUUUUUAAUUAUUAUAUAAUUACGAAAAUUCAUUAACUAAAAUGUUUGGAAAAGAAUUUUUUUUUCUUUUAACAACACUUGUAAUAUUUUUAAAUGCCAGUGAUAAUAAUAAUGGCUUAAAAAAUUCAACUCGUUUUCGCUUUUGUUGUCGUGAAAAUCAAGUGUAUAAUUUAAUGUUACGUGAUUGUGUUGAUAAUAUUAAUGAUGAAAUUAAUAUUUACAAAAUAAUACGUGAUAAAUUUUUAAAUAAAAAUGUUUCAUUUGAUGUCAUAAGAGGAGCACCAAUUUGUCAAUAUGCUCUUGUUGAUAAGUAUAUUAAUAAAAAUAAUAUUUCUAUUCUUUCUGAUGGUAAACUACAGGCAUUAAUUAAAACAACUGGCGGUUUAAAAAAUAUAACAUUAAAUAAUGAAAAUUCAUGUAUUGAUGUUGAAAAUUCAAACCAGCUUGUUGUUAGAUAUUGCAGUGAAAAAAAUUAUUGUGAUACACAUGUGUGUAUUAGGAAAUGUUGUCCACCAGGUGAAAUACAAAUUAGAAGAAAAUGUCAAAAUAUAACAUCAGAAUUAUCAACUUAUUAUGUUCAUCAGGCACUUGAAAAUACCACUCAAAUUGCUAAAAAUAAAAUGAUUAAUGAUGUUUUAUCUAUUGAAGACUAUGGAUUGCUGACAUCAGGACCAUUGAUAUGUAAAGGUAAAAAUAUAUAUCCAAUUUUACCAGAAGAAAAUUGGCAUAUUUCAUCAUCAGGACAUCUUUAUCUUCCGAAUAUUAUAACAGAUAAUAAUAUGACUGAUUAUAAAAUUUACAAACAUCAUCAGCAUUGUAUUGAAGCUGCUUAUAAUCUUACUCAUUAUGGAAAUGGAAUUUAUCCAUUCAUUUGUUUCGAUGAAAGUGAAGUAACUCCAGAACCAAAAUCACUCAGGUUUAUUGUUAAUGGAAUAUUAGCAAUUAUAAGUUGUAUAUUUCUAUUUUUAACAUUUAUUAUUUAUGCAUAUUUGCCAGGAUUAAGAAAUCUUUAUGGUAAAACAAUGAUGUGUCAUAUUGCUAGUUUAUUUAUGGCAUAUGUUUGUUUAGCUAUAACUGGACUUGGACCACCAAAAUUAGAAUAUACAAUUGAUUAUACAAAUGAUAAAUCAUGGAAUUUUUGUAAAACAAUUGGUUUUUUAAUGUUGUAUUCAUUUGUAGCAGCAUUUACAUGGCUUAAUAUUAUGUCAUACGACAUUUGGUCAACUGUUGGGGGACAUGGAUAUAAAUGUUUAAAUGGAACAACAAGAUCAGAAAAAAAGCAAUUUUUUAUCUAUAAUUUUUAUGCUUGGGGAUUGGCUUUCAUAAUAACGAGUUGUGCAAUUAUAGCAAAUCGUGAAGAUACUGCAACAUAUCUAAGACCUGAUAUUGGCCUGGAAUCAUGCUGGUUUAACCAUGACGAGGGAAAAUAUGGUGAACUUAUAUUUUUCAUAGCACCAGUGUCUCUCCAAUUGUUGACAAAUAUUGUAUUUUUUAUACUGACAGCACGUUAUUGUAGUCGUAUUAAAUCUGAAAUGUCAGAGGUCACCAUGGGUCCACGAAGUAGACGUCUUAAAGCCGACCGAGAAAUAUUAAUAAUGAAUAUCAAGUUAUUUAUUGUGAUGGGAAUGACUUGGAUAUUAGAAAUAAUAUCAAAUUUAAUGACUCAUUAUGUAUCAGAUUUUACAUUAAAAGAUGAGCUAUUAUCAAUUGGUAAUGUUAUAAAUGCACUUCAAGGUUUAAUAAUAUUUUUAUUAUUUAUCGUUAAAAAAAAAAUAUAUAUAUCAUUAAAAUAUCGUUUGGGUUUUGAUGAACCAAAUGAAAUAAAUGGACAAUUUGGUUUACAUGUACCAAAUGGUAUACGUAAAAAUUCAAGUACCAGUACACUCAUGUCAACAUCUGGUAAACUUGAUAAAUAAAAAUACAACAAUUUUUAUAACGAAAAAACCACAAAUUAUUCAUAAAA